AUGAAUCUUGAAUUUACUGCGACGGAAACUAUUACGCGUAAUGAUGGUCAAAUUAAUCAAAUUCAUUAUCAAUUUGAAGAAUUUACUGUUGAAAAUGUGUCUCUUGGUAUAACAAAUAAACAAGAACGACGUAGUCGAAUAUACGAUACAUAUAUUACACGAGAACAAUACAAACAAUUAGCUAAACUCAUUCCAGAUGCAUUAUCAUUCGAUAAUUUUGUUCUUGUUUUACAUCCAUUUAUAAUCGGAUAUUAUCAACAUGAUGAAUUGGCAAGAAAAGUUGAUAUAAAUACUGAUGGAAAUUUAAAUUAUGAUGAAUUUAGGUCCCUUAUAUUAAAAGGUAUUGGACGGGAUGUUAUAUGAUCUUUUCGAGCACCAAUAUUUGCAAGUGGACCUCAAAAAGAAGGUUUUGAUUUGGGUUGGAAACGAAAUUUUCAAGAAACAUUUGGAACGAAUAUUUUUAAAGCUUAA